AUGGAUCUUUACUCUGGUGAGUGUACAAAAUCACCGAUCUUGGAGAUGGAUCAGCUAAGAAACGAGCCAGAGUUUGAUGAAUUCGAAAAGCUUCUUGGAGAGAUCCCGAAAGUUACUUCAGGAAACGACUAUAACCGUUUCAUCUCAACGAAAGCUUCUCAAUUCGAAGAACAACAUCUUCCUGACGACUGUGCUUUUACCUCUGCAUUAACCUUUGGAAUCCCAAACCAAACUCAAGAAAGUCCUCAUCUCAUGUUCAUUAACCCUUCUUACCACUCUCCAAACAGCUCACCUUUUGGUUCAAGAAAGCUCGAUCAUCCUCAAAUGUUUAGGAAGCUGCAACAAGUUGGUUGCUUUCCGAACUCACAUGCUCAGCCGCAGCAGCAUUACAUGCCAUCCUCGCAGUCUCUAUCUCACUAUCCAUCGCUUGAUCAGUCUCAUAUGGAUUGGAGGAAUGUGGAAGAAGGAAGCUUCCAGAGGCUGAGUCUGCAAGAAGAACAGUAUUCAUCUAUGAACCCUCAUUGCCUCUAUCUUUACAGUAAUCAGAGACAGGAACAUUUCGACUAUCGCAGAGCUGAGCAGUCUAACAGAAACAUGUUUUGGUAUGGAGAAGAUGGUAAUGGAAGUGUAAAGAAAACGUGUUACCCUGAGAAGAUUCUAAUGAGAUCACAGCUCGGUUUAAGCAAUGCUAAAGUCAUAAACUACGGUGGUGGAGAUGAUGAGACACAGAACAGAAGGUUUUGGUUUCAGAAUCAGCUCAGUGAAGAUCUUGCGAUGAGCCUCAAAAAUCUAAAGUUGCAGCAGCAGCCUCCUUCUCCGAAGUAUAACUCUCUUGCAGAGGCGAGAGGGAAGAUCUAUUACAUGGCGAAAGAUCAGCACGGUUGUCGGUUCUUGCAGAGGAAGUUUGCCGAGAAAGAUGGGAAUGAUAUUGAGAUGAUCUUUGUUGAGAUCAUUGACUAUAUCAGUGAGCUAAUGGUAGAUCCUUUUGGGAACUAUCUAGUGCAAAAGCUGCUUGAAGUGUGCAACGAAGAACAGAGGAUGCAGAUUGUUCAUUGCAUAACUAGAAAGCCAGGAGUUCUUGUCAAGAUCUCUUGUGAUAUGCAUGGGACUAGAGCUGUUCAAAAGAUCGUUGAGACGGCUAAGAGACAGGAAGAGAUCUCAAUCAUCAUUUCUGCUUUGAAGCAUGGCAUUGUCACUUUGAUCAAGAAUGUAAACGGUAACCAUGUUGUUCAACGAUGCUUGCAGUAUUUGUUACCUCACUGCGGAAAGAUUCUAUUCGAAGCUGUGAUUAGUCAUUGUGUGGAGCUAGCAACUGAUAGACAUGGAUGUUGUGUACUACAAAAAUGUCUUGGCUAUUCUGAAGGAGAGCAAAAGGAUCGUUUAGUCUCUGAGAUUGCCUCCAAUGCUCUACUCCUCUCUCAAGACCCUUUCGGGAACUAUGUUCUUCAGUAUGUGUUUGAGCUACAACUCCAAUGGGCAAUCAACGAGAUCCUCGAGCAGUUAGAAGGAAACUACACAGAGCUGUCGAUGCAGAAAUGUAGCAGCAAUGUAGUUGAGAAAUGUCUGAAGCUAGCUGAUGACAAACAUAGAGCUCGCAUCGUUAGAGAGCUCAUAAGCUAUGGUCGUCUUGAUCAAGUGAUGUUGGAUCCUUAUGGAAACUUUGUCAUUCAGUCAGCUCUUAAACAUUCCAAGGGGAUGCUUCAUGGUCUUUUGGUUGAUGCGAUCAAGCUUCAUAUCUCAUCUCUUCGUACCAAUCCUUAUGGUAAAAAAGUCCUCUCUGCACUUAGCUUGAAGAAGUAA